AUGGCUUCUUCCGUCGAGUCGAGCAGGGCCCCUGUGUUUUCCACUUUGGCCUCUUCUGUGAGCUCUGGAACCCACAAGAUCAUUUUGACGGCUUCCCAUUCAGCUGCACGGGCAGACAGCCAUGCUAGACGAUUGGGAGAAAAGAUUGCUGUGACCUCCAAGCAGUUCCUAAGCACUGCCAUGGAACGGCUCGGAGACAGCCAAAGCCGUUUUUGGCACUCCAAUCUCCCUCCACUGCCUGAAGGUCUACGUGAUUGCCCAGAGGGCUCGGUCGAUAUCGUGCUUCCUUCUUCCGAUGCAGAACGUUUAGAAUGUCUUCGGGAUUUGGGACGGACCAUGCAAGGAGGUAGCAUUCUGGUCUUGGGGCGCCGAAGACUUUACCCCGUCCGUCCGGAUCACCAAGAGAACGUGGGGAAUGUGAAUGCUGAAUCCUGCAGUGCUGCUUUGGAUGUCUUGGCGGAUGCGAUUGCUCAAGAGCUUCUCGAUCAAGGCUUUGGGCUUACAUCCAGUGGUGUGAACACCUUGAUGUGCCGACGUGGCACGCUCGGGGUCAACAGCCACUUGGAGGAGGACGAUACACCAUCUCCUGAGCACCUGCAGAGGCUCAAGGAGCGCAAGAUCGACCAAGCGGUUCUGCGAGCACUGGCCGAAGAGUGUGCCGUGAAUAUCUCGGUGAGCCCUGGCAUGCAGCUGGUGGUCGAGCGUGGACUUCCACCCGUUCUCUUGCAGCCCACCUUUGUCAUUUGCAUUGGUGGGGGUCAAGUGAGAGUUCUGACCUUCGCUUUCAUUGGAGAACCCGUCACCGGCGAUCGCCCGGAUCGGAAGCGCACACCCUUCUCCAUUCGCCUGGCCACGGACAAUCUGCUUCCAUCCGCCACAUCCGCCUUCUCCAUCCGCAGCGCCAAGCUGAAAUACGCAGCUCAUGGAGUAGACCCUGCGGUGCAGACGACGCUGGACAUGAUCGUCUUGCUGGAGGAGGAGUUGUUUGCUGCCAAUGAGGACGGGUGCAGUGUAGCCUGGUGUUCGUGUGUAGCAGUGUAG